GCGUCCCCGCCCCGCCUUCCCCUCCCGAUAUCUCCUCCCGCCGCCGCCGCCGCGCGCGUGCUCUCGUUGGUUUUUCCACCCGCUGUUGCUCUCGGCCCCACGAUGGCGGUGGCUUCCUUCAACCCCAUGCUCUCGUCGCUCGUCCCCGCGGCGCCGGGUAGGCGAGGGCGAGCGGCGUUCCUGCGGUCGCGUGCGGCCUUCCCCGGGCCGCUCGCGAACGGCGCGGUGGUGGGUCGCGGCAGGUGGCGGCUCGCGGCGGCGGCCGAGCCGCAGGCCGUGCAGGAACAGCCGGCGCGGACGGAAGCUUCCGGCGAGACCGGCGCCGCGGGGGCCUCCGAGGCGUCCUCCAAGCUGGUUCUGGUCGUUGGGGGAACCGGCGGCGUUGGGCAGUUGGUUGUAGCAUCGUUGCUGAACAGGAAGAUCAAGUCAAGAUUGCUCCUCAGAGAUCCUGAAAAGGCCGAGUCUCUAUUUGGCAAGCAGGAUGAGAGUGUGCUGCAGGUUUACAAAGGGGACACAAGAAAUUCUAAUGAUUUGGAUCCACAAAUGUUUGAGGGUGUUACACAUGUGAUAUGCUGUACUGGAACUACAGCAUUUCCGUCGAAGCGCUGGGAUGGAGAUAACACUCCAGAACGUGUAGACUGGGAUGGCAUCCGAAAUCUUGUUAGCGCCCUUCCAUGGACAAUCAAGAGGAUGGUUUUCGUGUCAUCCAUCGGUGUUACAAAAUACAAUGAAAUACCAUGGAGUAUCAUGAAUCUCUUUGGUGUGCUCAAGUACAAGAAGAUGGCAGAGGACUUUGUUCGCAAUUCCGGGAUACCGUUCACCAUUAUCAGGCCUGGAAGAUUGACUGAUGGGCCCUACACUUCGUAUGAUCUUAAUACACUUCUUAAAGCUACAGCUGGAGAGCGACGAGCGGUAGUCAUAGGCAAAGGUGACAAGCUUGUGGGGGAAGUUAGCAGACUGGUGGUAGCAGAGGCCUGCAUCCAAGCUUUAGAUAUUGAAUCCACUGAAGGACAGAUAUACGAGAUUAAUUCAGUGAAGGGCGAAGGACCUGGGACGGACCCAGAGAAGUGGAAGGAGCUAUUCAGUUCUGUCCAAUCAGCAUAGUGGCAUCCGGUGAAUCUCUAUAUACAUACACCGUAUAUAAUAGGCAAAAUACUGUAGUGUACGUAAUUCCAUGGAAGCAACACAUGUAAUCCCAUUAGACAUUGAACAUUAUUGUAGCAACCGUGUACAGAGGUUUAGAUUAUCAGUCAAUUGCGAGUUGCAAAGAA